AUGGCAGCGUCGUGGUUUGCGGACCCGGAGCUCAAGCCGACGACCUACACGGCGUCCUACGUGUGCAACAACCUCUCCAAGCAUGGCGACAUGAUGGCGUACGCGAGCGUCGACGAUGUCGUGUACGUGGACACCACGCACACGCCCUUCAUGACCCACAAGCUGCCGUGCGCGGAGAAGUCGGCGGUGCACCAAGUGCGCUUCUGCACCCUGAAAGAGGUGGUGGUCAUCGUGAUCUAUGAUGCCACGGGCGAAGAGAGUCUGUCCGAGAUCGCGCUCAAAGACAUCGUGGGUAACGAUGUAGAAGGCGACUCACUCUACUGCCAGGGCAUUUGCUCCGUUCACAUGAAGGAGUUGCGCCUUGUCGUGGGCACCUCGAUCGGGAAGCUACUUGUCAUUGGGAAAGAAGAAGAUGCUAAAGCUGGAGAAGGUUCUGGCUUCGAAGUGUGCAAGACCCUGACGGGACAUGACGAGCCUAUUUGCUGCGUUGAGAGCUCUCUCGACGGCACGCUGCUGGCCAGCAGCGAUAUGAGCGGGGCUAUCAUGAUCCGUAACCCCGGGGACGGCUUCGAGGUCACGCACCGAAUCGUGAGCAAAGGUUAUCCCGCGACCUCCAUGACCUUCAUGGCUGAAAACUGGCUGGUCGCAGGCUUCCUCACGGGGUGUUUGCGGUUGUACAACCCCGAGAGCUUUCACGUGCACGCGGAAAUCGCUGCUCACACUCGCGCAAUUACGGCGUUGGACGCCCACAAUGAGUUUGCUGUGUCUGUGAGCGAGGACACCUUCAUGAACAUUUGGGAGAUUUCGUCGAGCAAGCCCGGAUCGGGGCCGCGCGUGAAGCUGGUGAGUUCGCAGGCGGUACCCAACGAUCUCCUGACGGGCGUGGUGUUCUCGUCGACCAACAGCCUCUUCACAGCCACAUACGACACCGCGCAUCUCAAGUUUUGGAGCCCGGAAUGA